GCGGGUAGGGUAGGAGGGAGUCGUCACGUGGAGCGGGGUUAGGGAGUCCGCAUUUUCCGGUCUCCCCUACAGAGACGCACUUCCGCCGCCGGCGGCGGUGACUUCCGCUUUGUCACUUCCGCCGCCUCCCCGUUUCCUGCCCGGCUGUGGGGGGCCGACGACGCGUGGCCUGUCCCUGCGAGCGCGCGCGGUCUCCCCUUCCUGCCGCCGCCCGCUCCAGCCGACCCCGCUCUCCCGCUCGCCGCCGCCAUGGCGAUGCGGCAGACCCCACUGACGUGCUCGGGCCACACGCGGCCCGUGGUGGACUUGGCCUUCAGCGGAAUCACCCCCUACGGCUACUUCCUCAUCAGCGCCUGCAAAGAUGGCAAACCUAUGCUACGUCAAGGUGACACAGGAGACUGGAUUGGAACAUUUAUGGGUCAUAAAGGUGCCGUAUGGGGUGCCACUUUGAACAAGGAUGCCACUAAAGCAGCUACAGCAGCUGCAGAUUUUACUGCCAAAGUAUGGGAUGCUGUUUCAGGAGAUGAACUAAUGACAUUGGCUCACAAGCACAUUGUGAAAUGUGUGGAUUUUACUGAGGACAGCAAUUAUCUGUUGACUGGUGGACAAGAUAAAUUGUUGCGUAUUUAUGACUUGAGCAAGCCAGAAGCAGAACCUCAGGUGGUUAGUGGACAUAAUUCAGGCCUUAAAAAGGCUUUCUGGAGCAGUGAUGACAAACAGAUCCUUUCAGCUGAUGAUAAAACUGUCCGUCUCUGGGACCGGAAUAGCAUGACUGAAAUAAAAUCAAUAAACGUUGCAAUGUCUGUGAGCAGCAUGGAAUACGUUCCAGAGGGAGAAAUUCUAGUGAUAACUUAUGGCAAGACUAUUGCCUUUCAUAGUGCUGAAACUCUAGAGCAGAUUAAAUCAUUUGAGGUUCCUGCCACAAUCAAUUCUGCAUCUCUUCACCCUGCGAAAGAAUGUCUAGUUGCUGGUGGUGAAGAUUUUAAACUUUACAAAUAUGACUAUAACUCAGGAGAAGAACUAGAAUCCUACAAAGGGCAUUUUGGUCCCAUUCACUGUGUGAGAUUUAGCCCAGAUGGAGAGCUGUAUGCUAGUGGCUCUGAGGACGGAACACUAAGACUCUGGCAGACAACAGUAGGGAAAACGUAUGGUCUCUGGAAAUGUGUAGUCCCUGAAGAGGAAGGUGCAGAGCUGGCAAAAGCAAGGACCAGCCUUCCAGGAACUGCAGAGGAAGAAAUAGAAGAGCUUCCCUCUGAAAACUCAGAUUCAGUGUACAGCUCAACUCCUGAAGUUAAAGCUUGAACAUCACAACUGUUAUGCAACACAUGGAUGUAAUGACUUAAACAACCAGUGAUAAGCAGGGGCCUUCCAGAGUUUACUCUCUACAUAAGGCAAAGAUGGGCUGUAAUUGAUGAGAAUGCGUUGGAACUGGCUGUGUUGUUUUGUAGGAGAAAUGAAUAUCAAAAAAGACUUAGUAGAGUUUUGCUAUCUUUUAGCUCAGCUGCCUACUGUCUUUUUGAAUGAAGUGUGCAAGCCAAGAUCCAGUCUCUCCCAAUUUCAAUUAGACUCAUUGUAGUGUGUUUUCUUUAUUAUGGAGAAGAAAUAUAACAGCUUUUACCAAUAUUUUUUUUCUGAAAGUUGGAAGAUUCGGCUUUAGUUAUAAAGAAGGGAUUGUAUACUAAAAUAUUCAGUUCAUUUUUUCUGUUCCAUUGUACAUCGCUUCUGAACAUCUGUUUUCAAUUGUUUAAAUAAAAUGCCUCUCAACUGACUCAUCUUAUUGUUAGCAUUGGGAUUGUGGAAUAGAAGCAACAGUUAUUACUCUGUCCUUUCCAGCAUCCAUUGGUUUUGUAUUAUGCAAAAAGGAAAGAGAUGAGAAUAAGCGUGUUUUAGUAUUAAAGUCUCUGGAAUAGCGGAUGAUGAGUAUCCUCUUUCACAAGCCUUGUAUCUUUUACUCUUUAAACUUUGAAUGUAAGCGAACCUCUCUCAAAUAAAAAAUUUGGAAAAACAGAAGUAUAAAAUGCAUCUGAAGAAAGCUGAACAUAUUCCUGUAGAGGUACCACUGAUAAAUCUCUACAGCGUGGACUUAGGCAUCCAGACUAAGUUUCAAAAUAGAGUACUCCUUUCUGUCAGUAAUAUACUUUCUUCAUUAAAGAAAAUGUCAUUGCUAUUCU